CUCAAGCUUUCCAUUUACCAAGCACAGUCGUUACCAACACCGACCCAUCCACACCAAUAAAUCACCUACUUUAACAACAAGAUAAUCACCAUGCGCUUCACCAUCGCCACCAUGGCCGCCAUGGCCGCCUCCGCCAGCGCCACCGUACUCCCGCGCUCCGACCUCGGCGGCUGGAACGUAUCCUACGUGCAGAGCGGCGGAGCUGACAGAACACACUCGGAGCAUGUGUACGGUGUGUACGCCAACGCGGAGCUCGCAGACAACAUUGCCGUCGACUGCCUCUCGCAGACGACGAGCGAUGGUCAGGUUUUCUCUGGAAACGAUCCUACUACCCUGACCUGCACUCCUGCGUCAUUCAGCUACGUGUACAACACCGCUGAUUCUACUUUGACCCUGACGCAGACUGUGGAGCUCAGCGGUACUAAUGUUACUGUUAUGGGUACCUCGCAGCCCUUUACUACUAAGCUCGAUCCUAUUCGCGGAAAGGGUGGUUCCGCUCACAACAUCACUUUCCAGGCUACCACUGGUGUGGCGUAAAUGCCUUGAUCUGAGACUUGCAAAGCUUUGCGGGAAGGGAGGUGUAAAGAACCAGACGGAUUAUGUAGGGGUCAACAGUUGGAAUGUACGUCUAAAGGGGAGAAAAGUGGGACCAUCAUGGAAGGCAAUAUCAUCAAAGACAGAGACGAAGGAAGUUAAUAGCUUGACAAGAUUUUGGAAUUGAGUUCCCCAUUUGCGGUCGCUCUUUCGUUUUUGAGAUGUGAGGUUUUCCACUUGGUUGACGUCGAAAUCUAUGUAGAUAUCGCGAGAGUAGACGGUGGCACUGCGCACCAGCCACCCAUGAAGGGAUAUUGUGAGGACCGAUGUGACAAUCAUUGUAGAGACAGAGCUAGAGAGUGUAGUGCAAAUCGACGUUGUGGCUC